AGUUUGAAAUUAAUUUGUUUUGUUUUCUUUGUUUAAUAAAAAAUAUACUGCACACUUAUUUAAGAAAUGAAGUUUUCGACGUGACCAUAGUUUUUAUUUAUUUUUAAGUAAACGUCAAAAUGACUUCUGAGGUCGAUUUUGUAAAAACAAAUGAAUUUAUACAACGAAGAAAGUUGAGGCUACAGCAGGUUCGGGAACAAUCAAAAGAUAUUGCCAAGAAAAUUCGACAGCGUGCUAAAGAAGAAACUUUACGGCAAGUGAUAGACGUUGAUUCACAGAGGAAAAAACAGUACCUUGAAUGCCAAAAGCAAUUUGUAGACAAGUUGCAAGAAAUUUAUGCUAAAGGUUUAGAGGAUGUGGGCAAAGGUCAUAAGAAUGCAUCAAAGCAACUUCAACAAGGUUUUGAGAAGAAGGUUGACAAGUCAAAAUUAAGGGGUAAAGAAGCAGUGGCAGAAGUAAGACGAAGAAAGCAAGAAAUAUUAGAUAAGAAAAAGGAAUUGUUAGAUAGAAAACUAUUUGCUAGGGAAGUGGCUAAUGAAAUAAGUAGAGAAAAAUCUAAUGUUGUUGCCAAAACUCUUAUAACAGAAAAGGAGUCCAAUUUUGCAGCUGAUAAUAAGGAACCAGAGAAUGAUAAUCAAAGAAAUGUAGUUGAACCUGUAGAAAAGGUUGAUAUGGGAACACAAUUAAAUUUAAAUGAACCAACAAAUGGUUAUCAGACUGAUAUACCAGAACUGUUGUUACCAGAGAAUGAAACUAUAAGAGACCCAGUUGAUGUACCAGAGAAGCUUGAAAGAUCUAAAAGACCCAAUCUUUUUGCACUCAGUGACGAAAUGCCAUCUAGCUUGCGAGGUGGCGCAGUAAACACUCCUCAGUCUCAACAAAUGAAGUCAGCUGUCAAUUUGGUUUCCGAACAUAUACAAAAUAGACAUCUUCGCCUACGAGAAACAGAGGCAAGACUAAAUAAAAGGCAAGAUGAAGAGUUGCGAAACAUUAAACAUACCAUAAUGCAAUCCAGAGCAUCAAAGCUGAAAGUGAAUGGAAUUAACAAAGAUAAUUGUGCCAGUACAAAUUCUGUAGAUACCGCACAAAAAGGUUCAGUGACAAUGUACAAUCAUCUGACCAAGGACACCAGAACUAUGCUUACUAAUGAUGAUGAUCUAGUAAUUCGAGAGGAACAUUUUGAUGAUGAUGCAUUUACAAAGGCACAGAAGGAAGACACAAAUGAUAAUGUCAAACAAAAAGAAAUCCACAGCAAAAUAGCAGAAAGAAGGAAUAAAGUUGCAAUGACGAAAGACAAUGUUGAUAAAGAAUACAGAGAUACAUUGGCAUUUUUGAAUUCAUUACCUAAAGAUAUGUCGGAUAAACCUAUUAGAAAUGCAUUCAUGGAUGAAAAUCGACAGCAACAAUUAAAGGAAAAACGGGAACAGAAAUUGACAGAUGAAUAUAGAAAUGUAGAAAGGCAAUGUAGAGGACAUCAUAAGUGUAAGCAUUUAAAAUGUUGUCAAAGUAAUUCAAAAUCAGCAAUAAAUAAAAAUGAUGAUUCAAACGAUGAUUCCCAGUACACAUGGGUACCGGUACCAGAAAUACCAAAGAAACAAAGUGUUGACGAUGUCAUAAACAAACAUGGUAACACUGUUAAAUUCAGUAACAAAAAUGACUACCAUGAAUAUAGAUCAAGUAGGAAGCAUUCACCUCCAACUAAAGAUAUUCCGGUCAAAUCUAAAGUAUCAAGUAGAUAUGUUGAAACUGCAAUAAUUAAGGAAGUAGGUGAUGAAACAACUGAUUGUUCAUCAAUAGUAUCGGAUACUACGACAUCUGAAAAUUUUGCACUAAACAGAAGAAAUAAAAAAGAUAUUUUAGAAGAAUUGGACCCACAGUUAACUGAUGCUGAUAGGAUUAUUAUUUACAAAAUUCUCAAUUCGAAAAAUGACAAAAAGAAAAAAUGUUCUAAAAAUAAAUUAGUUGAUAAAGUAAGGAGUGCAAAAGAGAGUGUUUGUGAAAAUAUUCAUAAUGAAAAAUCUACGCAAAAAACUGAAGAUAAUAUUAAAAGCAAGACAUCUUUUGAUCAACUUACCGAGGGAAUCUACAAAGCUGUUAAUAAAAAUGGGGACAAUUUGACUUCAUUGCAACUCUGUGAUCCAAGCUCAUCUGACAAGGAUCUCCAGCAGGGAGAUGGUGUACGUCAGUGUUCAUGUGUCAAAUUGCAUUGUCAAGAUGUCCAUUCUCGGAAUGUCCCGACCGACACUGGUACCAAUGAAAGAUCUGUUUUUAAAUGCCAAUGUGCAAUGAAUACAAAUCAUGCAGAAGGACAGACGAUUCACUAUCCCUCAGCUGCUACUUCCACUACGUCUCUCAAAAUUGGCGAAAAUGUUGCACCUAAUAAUGGUUGUCUAAAGGUUAUCGACGACGUCUGCCAAGAGAAUGGAAAGUUUUAUGUUGGAACAACAGGCUACCUCAAAGAUGAAGCUUACGAAGUAGUUAUACAACUCAGGAAAAAAGAAAACGCAAAAGAUGGCGCUCAGGAAGAGAAACUUAAAAAUCAGGAUGAAGAUACAAAUAAAAAUACCAAGAAUAUAAAUGUGCCUGCGCAAAGUCCUGCGCCAGAAGUCGAUAUUAAUGAAAAUGCUACUCGUGAAGUUACUGAAACACAUACAGAAGAGAAAACUAGUCCAUUGACUAAUGUAACAUCCCACAAACCAACGGACCCAGUUUCUGCAAAAACUAGCCCUCAGAAAUCAAAAUCAGUGGGCAGUCAAGAUGAGCGCAGAGAGAACAGUGUAUAUGCUAAUAAUCCAACAACAUGCACUGUCACUAAACAUGCUACUUCGACCUACACACAGACAACGAGUUCUCCAAUUCACAAACCAAUUUUCAUGCACAUGAGUUCCACAUCUACUGCUUAUAUGAGUCCACCAGACAUUAUCAUGCCUAAGUUUUCUAAACGAGAUUACGACGCCUCGUAUGAUGAAACUUAUGAUUCAAUAAAGGAGUCGCAUAAUUCUAUGUCCUAUAAAAAUUUUCAAACUUGUAAAUGCAAACAUCAUGGUCAGAGAAGAAAAAAAUCAAAACACCAAAGUGAGCCUGUACCAAAUAGCAAGAAACUGAAUUAUCAGGUCGAAGAUAUAUUCACGUCGAAUAAUAUAAGUAGUGCUGGUGAAUUAAGUGAUGCUUGUUGUAAAAAUUACAAAACAACUACAGAUAGUGUUUAUUCAAGAAUCUGCUGUGCGUGUAGCAAGAUAAAAACCUGUCACAAACAUAAAAAGGAAGCAAAAGGAACUAAAAGUUGUAAUCAUCGUAAAUCCAUGUCAGUACGCGACGUACCGAAUAAGCAUGUUAAAUAUUCCAAAACUAAUGUAUCGAAAAGAAAAAUUAAAACUCCAUUAAAUCCCUUAGUUAAAGAAUAUGUAAAUAAGUUACUAGAACUUAACAAAGAGGGCAUGAAGGCUAUUGAAAUAAUAAACGAAGAAUGCAGUUCCGUACCUACACCGAGCAGUUCCAUUAUAAAUGACAAUCUUAAUCUAAAAGGCAAAUCAUUAGCCGAGAAAAAAAUAUCAUUGGAACAAAUUAAAAAUAUUCUGAAGGAGAAAAUUAUUAAUGAUCUAAAACUUAAAGAUGAUACAAAUGAUGCAGAACUCGCGAAACGUGCAAAUGAUCAAGCAAACAAACAUUCAAAACUGCAUACAAAAUUAAAUAAACGAAAACAACUACAUAAAGUAAAAUCAUUAAAUAUUUCAAAAAAGGUUUCUACAACAAAUGAGCCUAGAAAUUAUUUACAUGAGAUUCAAGCAUCCAAGUCGACAACAACAUCCUCGUCUUAUAAAACUGAUACCAGUGAUCAGCCAGAUUGUUUAAUAUCUAAUAGCUGUAAUAAAACAGAUGAAAAAAAAUCUACACAGCCAAAGAAAAUAGUAACAGGCGCAAAAGACCAGAAACCUACGUAUGAUAAUAUAGUUUCAAAUGGUUCGGUGCCGCUUCGAUGUAGAUCUGAUAACUUUCCUCCUUCCUCACAUUCAGAAAAUACAAUUAAAAACAAUCAUCAAGAUAAAUUACACAUCCCGCCUUCUAACACAUCGACACAAACUAAUGUAUUUGUUUCCGAAGAAAAUCUUGUGAAAGUUGCUGAAGGUAAGCUUCAGAAUAUGGAAAAGAUUGCUGAUCUCACAGAAAAGUGUACAAAACGUUUAUCAAAUCUUGCCAAGGUGCUCGAAGAAGUAAGACGAAACAAGUCGUUAUUUUACAGUCAACUAACAUCAUCUGACUCUACCUCGGACUCAGAGGCAGAAAGGAACAGAAAAAAAUCUAUAGAAAAAACUUUAUCUCCGGCCGUUAUUGUUCCUGAAGUUCACAAGCCCUCUGCUCCAAUAGAAGAGAAGGAAAAUAAAAUAGACAAUAAUACAUUUACCCCGUUACUUUCUGAUAUUCCAAAACUAAUAAACUUUUCGAAUCCUCUAUCUGAAGCUGACUCUAUGAUCACACUUGCAUCUAGCAAAGAAAGUUUAAAUAUAGAAAAUCAACAAAGACCGAAGUCAAAGCCGCCGCCAGCAUUAUCGAGAAUUUAUUUCAAAAAUGAUCAAGAUCAUGUAAUUCCCCAUGAAUUAUCGACGGUGCUGGAAGUAGAUUCGCCUAUGAGUUUAAAAGUAAAAAGUCAAUCACGCAACGAUAUUAAUGCUGAUGUUAUUUCUAAUGCUUCAGUCAAAAAAGUAGAUAAUACUAAUACAGAGCAAGCCCGUAAGAGCACUUUAAACAUUUCACCAUCUACUUCGAGAAUGGAAUGCCUCGAAACAGAUUCAUUAAAAGCCACAAUGAGUGCAUUAAGAAAACUUCCCAAGACCACAGAUUUAAAUGGUGAUUCUUCUGACAACUCAAAGUUACCUAUGAUGGACAUGCAGCAAUUUAAUGAAAUUAUGCUAAAACCGUUUAUCAGUAUUAAAGAAUUCACUAAGAAAAAAAAUAUUGAAAACGGCGACGCAUCCAUUUUGGACGAUCAUUUAAAAAGCGUUUUAACGAACGAUGACUUGAGUUCUUUACAUUCUGAAAAUAGUUUACCGGAUGUUAUAGCAGAAUUAUUGAAGAGAAAAAUAAUUAAUGAACCUUUUAAAUUUGACACGGCGUCUAAUGUUAACACGAGUACCACAUCAGAAUCAUCAAUGUCUCUAUUAGCUUUGUCAAAUUCAAACAAAGACAAGAAAAGAACAACUAUUUUACACCAAGGCAAAAAUAUUGUAGAAACUUCUGAUACAUUGAGCAUCUCUUCAAAUCCAGAUUUGGAAAAUGCAUUCCAAAAAUUAGGUAUGGGCUGGGCUUCGUCUACGCUCAAGAAAACUAAGGAGCGUCUUGCCCUCUCCUCGUCAUCAAAUACUUCCAGCUCGAGUGGACCUCAAACUCGGAGUAAAAUUGGUAGUAUCCCUCAAUCAAAUGCUGAUUACAUUUUAGCGCUACAACAUGUCAAUACAACGACAAGACGAAGCUCGAAAGAUGAUCCAUCCAAAAAUCUUGAACAGCAAACGUCUUUGUCAAAUUCUAUGACUGUCAAAGAAUUUCUUACCAAUCAACUUGCCAAGAAAAUACUUUUUACAAAUCCAUCUUCUAAAGAUUUAACCGAUCAAGAAUUCAUUUCUUUAUAUGAGACUAAGAUGCCUGAAGAAAUGAAGAAAAUAGUAGAACACGACCAAUCUGGCAACAGUGUAGGUAAUUGCACCAGCAACAGAGCACGGACAUCGACACCUGUACAAAUUUUUAGAUCAAUGACGUAUAAAUCCACUUCCAGUUCGAACACUUCGAACGGCUUGUUCAGUAACGCCGAUGACUUGUCGUCUGUAAAGGUUACAUCAAAUUCCAUUCGAAAUCAUUCCACUUCUGACAAAGAUGACUUGACCAUUCCAAAUUACAUUCUAAAAGUUACUAAAGGACAAUCUGAUUGUAGUAAAAGUGAUUAG